GCUAAGAACGCAAGUAUUUAAUCUUGAAUCCUUCGCAUGGCCUUGGGCAAGGAGACAUAUAAUAUUUUUGGUAACCUCAUUAAGUCACAACAGAGUCCCCAAAGAUGUACAAAAAGGUCGACGGAAGCCAAAAGAACCUCACUGCGUACUACCACGAGCGUACUGCUCAAGUAUGUGCCGACUAUCUCAUCCCGUAAGCUCACGAUUCUCGUCAUUAUAAUGUUUCCUUCAAAAUCUCACGUCCGGUAGACACAUAAAGCCAGACUCCAAAAUACUUGAUGUCGGUUGUGGUCCAGGCAGCAUAACCAGAGAUCUAGCCAACCUCGCCCCCUCCGGUACCACUGUAGGUGUCGAUUACUUCUCCACGGUAGUCUCUCAAGCUCGUGCCUCUUAUCCACUCCCCAAUCUUACUUUUGAAGUUGGGAACACCCUCAAACUCGAGUUCCCAGAUAACAGCUUUGAUAUUGUACACUGCCAUUGCGUCCUUGAACACCUCCCCGGUUCUGGUCCCAAGGAGGCUAUGAAGGCAUUUUAUCGUGUUUGUAGGCCAAGUGGAGUGGUUGCGGUUUGCGAUUGCAAUACCGAGACGGGGAAGUACGAAGAUGCCAAUGAUGGUAUGUUGGAUUACUGGAAGCAUGCGCAGGAGGCAACUUAUAGGACGGGUACUCAUCCUCAUGCUGGAAAUGAGUUGGCGAGAGAUGCACUCGAGGCUAAAUUCGCGAGAGUCGAGGCCAAAAAUGCGGUUCUGCAAGGUGAGUAUCCCUUUCAAAGAAUCUUGUUACUACGGGAUGUCAGAUUGAUAUCAUUUAGUCAACAUACCUGUUGGUGGCCCAUGUGCUCCUGGUGAGGGGGAGGAAUUCUGUCUUCGCUUGGAAAUGGGAACACUUGAGCAGAUCCGUGGGUGGGACAAGGCUUUCAAAGAAUGGGAGAAGAAUGGUGGUAGGGGAUUGUCUUUUGAGACUGUUCAGUUGUUGGCUUGGAAGUAAUAAGUGAUAUGGUUGGAAUUCAUGGUGAUACGGGGUUAAGCGAGCUCGAACACAAAUGAUAACCCAAGGCUUGCAAAGCAAGUUUGCAUAGCAGGCUUGCAUGAAACGCAUAGACAAUUCAAAUGGAGCGAUAUUCGAAAUGAACAUA